AUGUUAUCGUCACCGUUGUUUUUAUCACUGGCAUCGGUUUUUACGCUACUUGGUUUGGCACUCGUUUCAAUUGCCAUUUCGACAGAUAAUUGGACUGAAGUACAGGUGAGGAUAUUUUGAAUCUUUAUUGUUGAAAAUUGAGCUUUUUGUUUAAAAAGUGUGGAAUUGAAUAAGUUUUUUUGCAACUAAAAUGCUACGCAGGGAAAAUGGUCACAAGUUUUAGGAAUAAAAUUUGAAGGAAAAUAGAGUUUUGAAUUUUUUUUUCAAAUUUGAAAUUCUGUUUCUGAACUCAAUUUUUUUUAGGUGAAUAUAUGUUUUUGUUUUUUUUUUCCGAAUCAAUUUUAGUUCUCAAAACUUUUUUUGGAGUUUCGGAAUUUCAGAUUUGAAUAUCUUUUUCGAAAUCUAAGCUUCUAUAAAACUUGUUCCUUCCAGCUUUUUCCAGAGGUAAAAUUUAAGGUUUUCUAGUUUCAGACAUUUUUUGAAGGAAAUUUCAGCACCUCGUGUUCAAAAAUAAAUUAUUUAUUCGAGACCAAUUUCUAAAAAAAAAUCCAAACUUUCUGUACCCAGCCUUUCUACGAAAUCUCCAUUUUCCCGGAAAACGUCUCUCGAGUCGUUUUUUUACAACCUGUAAAUCGUCGGCAAUUCCUUUGACCUUGUCGAAAAAAGAUCUCGAUUAUGAUCUAAUCCGAUCCCCCCAUCCGGAUUGCCUUUUUUGACCUUUUUUUCUCAAUUCCCAAAUAUUCUCAAUUCUUUUCCUGAUUUUUCUGCGCGAGCAAACAGUCCAACUUUUUCUCACAUUAUAUGGAGCAUCAAUCAUUCGUAUUUCCAUAUUUGCCAAAGUCUCGCCUCAAUUAAUAUUAUAAACCGGCUCAAGUGUAUUGCUCUUUCUUUCCUCUUUCCCUGUCUCGCCGUCGUUUCUCUUCUCAUUACUCAAAUAUGGUAAUACAUAACUAGAUGUUUUUUUUUGUCCUCGUAUUGAUUGAUUUGGUGAGGCGAGGGAGAAGGAAGAGGACAAGAAGGGCAAGGUCAGCACAGUAAAAAAUAAUAUAUAGAAAAAAGGUAACAACAAUAAAGAAGCGGGCUGGCUAAGAAAAGGAUGUCUGUCUGUGUACAAAAGUGGAAGUAUCCUCUUUUUCUUGUAAAAAAAAGACCAUUUAUUUUUGAUCUACAAUGUUUUUUUUCGGAAAAAGUACAGGGAUUAGAAAGUUGUUGGCUUUUAGUUAGACAGAAAAAAAGAAAACAUGAAAUGAACAUAGCAAUAAUUAUGUUUUGAUCUUUGUGUUGGAAAGAAUAUAGGACAAUCUUUCCGUUUUGUAAAAAAAAUGAGGGAUUUUGUUUUGGAGAACUGAAUUGUAGAAAAUAUAGAAAUCAGGGCUGGAAUUCCGGAAAAAAAUCGGAAAAGAGAGAGACUUUCGAAGCUUCCAGAGACAUUGUUUUGUAGGCAAAAAAUUGAGAUAAAGACAUGAAAAACGUUUUCAGAACGCUCAUGUCGGUAUAUGCGCUGCGGUCAAGCGUUGCGUGUAUCUUCUAGAAACUAAAAGCAUCACUGAAAAUGAAACUACACUUGACCGAAACGCCUCUAACGACAUGGGUGCUCUGAAAAAUAUUUCACUUAUCUCAAUUUUCAAAUUUCUGAAAUAUUGCAUUUUUGUCAGAGGUUUACAAAAAAUUAAAUUAAAAAAAAAAAGUCCAGCCAUUUUUGCACCGUUUCAAAGAAACAUCGCAGAUUCUUUAAUUGUUUUUAAAACCAAACCCCUAUUUUUUCCAGGUAAACCGUCGUGAAAUCAUCAACGCUUUCAAACGUGAACCCGAACUUUCAUUACGACUCCAAAACGCCUUCGGACACAACAUUAUCUAUUUCUCCAGAAACUACGGACUCUUCCACACAUGUUUCCCAGAUACCGUACCACAAGGUAGGCUAAUUUACCAGGGGUAAUUUAUCAGCUCCCUGGAAGAUUUUCACAACUGUUAUAAAAUAUUUAUCCUUAUGUUUUUGCAGAAAUUGGAAGCUUCUCAAAGUUCAGUUCCCCAUGCAUUUGGAAUAAUGAAUUCAAUCCACCAGAGGCGAAAAAAGAUCAUUUCUCAACUCCAGAAUGGUAUAGAUUAUAUGCUUAUAGAUCUUCGAUUAUCUGCUAUGGAGCUGGUUAGUUUUUACCCAGGGGGAAAAGCAAGAAAAAGAUAACUGGAUUACAUAGAUGUCAUAAAAAUUUGCAUAGUCAUUCAUAAAAUCAAAAUGUCAUUGAAGCAUGUAAGAGAAAUCGCAGUUUAGUAGCGCAUUAUUAGUUGUAUUCUUUUUUUCUUCUUCUAUAUAUGCUAUAUGCUAUGCUAUUUAGUUUCACAUGGCAUAUAAUACACAAUAGGAUUAUAUAUCAUAUAGUACUCAUAAAACAUAUAUGUAGGUGGUAUUGUAUGUUAUUACCAGUCGGAAACAGCAAAACAAUACAAGCAAACGAGUCGGCUCCGUCUCAUAAGGUGUCACGAACUCUUUUUAUCGACAAAUAUUGACAUAAUUGGGAGGAAAAUGAGGAUGAAGAAAAGUUGUACAUGGGAGAUGUUAUGUUGAUGGGAUGAAUGAAAAAAGAAACAAGUUGUUUUUUACUUGCAGGUAUCAUUGUUGUUGUAUUGAGUUUGAUCACUGGAAUUUUGGGAUGCUGGAAUCGCUCGAAGAAAUUGAUCAUCACUACAGCUGUUUUACUUCUUAUUGCCUGUAAGUUUGGAUGGAGGGUUUGCAAAGAAAGGCUGUCCAAAGCCAAUGGCCUUGUUCCGGUUGGGCCCAGAAUUUUAGUAGUUUAGGCCCCAGAUCUUUAGGAAUUCAGAUAACCUGUUGGGAUCUUUAAGACCGAAAGAAUUCUUUGAAACCUAUCCCCACCUAAUGUGAAAGCUGGAACCUUUUUUCUGAAACUCUUAUGAUAAGAAGAGCUUUCAAAUCUAGAAUUCCAAAACUUGGAAGCUCUUAUGAUCAGAAGAUCUUUUAAAUUCUAAAAUCUAUCAGAGUUUUAAGACAAAAAGUCCCCACAGGUCCUGAACCUUCUUUGAAAUUUUCAAUUUUUUUUCCAGCUCUGGCAAUGUGUUUGGCAAUGAUGGGAUGGCACUACGUCGCUUACAGUGAAAGAUAUCUUCUCGACAUGGAACCAUAUUACAAAUCAUGGGAAUCGGUAAGUUUCAACUUUCACUAACUCUAAAAGACAAAUUUCCCUCCCCUCCAAUUUUUCGACCUCCCUUUUUCCUUUCAUUAAUCAAUCACACUCGACAUACAAUUUCGUUCAAUUUUUAAUUUUCACUUCCCUUCAAUUCACACAAAAAUUGGUGAAAUUAAAAACGUCUCUACGCGUUUUUUCCUCACAAUUGCCAUGGUCACAGUGUGAAAAAAAACAACACUUCAAUCAAAUUUCACUAGAACAUAUUUUUUUCUCGAGAAUGUAUAUACAUAGUGAAAAGUGAGUGCGAAAAUCUUGACUCUUGAAAAAUCUGUACAAUCUUACACUUUUCUUGUUAGAACAAAACAACACAUUAGUGGAAUGAAAUAUAAGAGAGAGAAGAAAAAAAACAUAAGAGGGAGCCGUGCAUGACCGGCCCUGGUUGGAUACUUGAGAUGCUUCUUUUUCGCAAAAUAUAGUGACCGGAUGAAAUGGCAGACGAACAAAAUAUAGGAGAAGAAGAAGAAGAAACACAUAAACAUAUCCACCUGUUUUCAUAUAAUUAGAGGAAAAAAAGCUUAUAAGAUUUUUUUCGUAUAGUAAAAAAAUUACUGGAACAUAAUUUUGAAAGGGGCGGUUAGAGAUAUCAAGAAACUUUUGGGACGUUAAGAAGCUUUGAAAAAUCUGAACGUUAGUUGAGAAUAUUUCAAGGAAAUAUUUUUGAAAGAAUUUUUCUGGAGGGUUCGAAGUUUUUAAAAACCCUAGAACAUUCUCUGAUAAAAAAGUUUAGUUUCAUUUUUUUUUUAAUUUACGUAGUCGUAGUUCAUGGAAUAAUUUUUCCAGAAUUCUCGGAAUAAAACACUUUGGGAGUUUGAAUCCCCAGAAGUAAUAAUCCAAAAUUUUCCAUUCACAAUCAGAAAAUAUUUCAUAACACAAUUCCUUAAGUUUUAAAAAUGUUUAGGAAUUUUUUUUCCAGAGUUAGCUUAACUUUCUCCCUUCCCCCAUCCCUCCAACUUUCUAUCAAAUUUUUUCAAUUUUUUUUUCCAGGUCCUCAAAAUCACAUCUCGCCACAAUUAUGGAUGGUCAUACAUUGUUUCCUGGAUCGGAAUCGCCUUCUUAAUGUUAGGCAGCAUUUUCAUGUUCUGGGCCUAUGUUGCAGUUAAGGUAUGUACAAAAAACCUUGACAAUAAAAGACAAAAUUAGUUUUAUUACCAAAAAAAAUUCAUAUCGGUUUGAUCUGACAUGUCGAAUUAACUUGUUUUUGUUUUAUUUACUAUUUGUCUUUGACAACAAAUAACUGUAUAAAAUUAGGUCAAUAUGGGUUAGACCUACACUAAAACCAAAAAAAAAAAUAAAUAAAGAAAGAAAAAAAUUAUAAUUUGAUUUGAUUUACCUGUUUUAUAGAGAGAAGAAGAGAUGGCUUUGUCAGCGAAACAUGGAGCGUAUUUGAUGCCAAAUUAUUAUGAUAAAGGAGCUGGAGCAAUUGUCCCAUAUGGUUAUGGAACCUAUGCUGGAUAUGGAACAUAUCCAUAUUACAAUCAAUAUAACACUGCUGGUUAUUAUGGUUACAUGACUUAUGGACGUUAA